AUGCUCCCCGCGUCGUUGCCGGCGGCGAGGCUGCUCACCGAGCUCGAGGGCGUUCUGGCGUUCGCCGCAAAGGCGCGCGGCGGAGGCGCGCCUCUCGCGGCAGCGACGACAGACGCAGUGAUGUUGCUCCUGCGCACGAUCACGCAGCACAAGCUCGUCGACGCGGCGCUGCUGGCGCUGCUGCGGUCGCACGUCCGCUCCUACUACAACACCAAGAACUGCCGGCUGAGCGGCCGGCUGGUGACAGAGCUGCUCCAGCGCUUCCCGCUGCUCGGCUGGUGCGUCGCGCCCCUCCUCGUUGGCGCGGAGAACGGCAAGCCCGCGCGCGGUGCCAAGCGCGCCGCCGACAGCGGCGGCGAGGGGGCGGGCGAGGCGCCGGCGACGGAGAAGAAGCGCGCGAAGCUCAACGGCGCGAAGCGAAAGAGUAAGCUGGCGGCCGCGUGA